CUCCACCCCCUUUCUCCUGUCCUAGAGGCAAGUGGGAGUGUCCAGGUGGUAGUCAGGUGUGUAUCGAUGAGCAGCUAGUGUGCAACGGAAGUCCAGACUGCCCAGAAGGACAUGAUGAAAGUCCCGUCUGUAAUUCAGAUAGCUGCCAGCAAGAAAAUGGUGGCUGCAGCCAUGUUUGUAUCCAGACUCCAAGAGGUGCAGAGUGCAAGUGUCCUCGUGGACAGGAGCUGAAUGGAACCAAGACUUGUGUUGAUGCCAACGAAUGUGACCCACCAGGCUUGUGUAGUCAGACGUGUAUUAAUACGAAGGGAUCAUACAAGUGUCGGUGUGUGGACGGUUACAUACUCCUACCCGACAAAAGGACUUGCCAAGUUGUCAGAAAUGACACUGCUUUACACCUGCUCAUCGCCAGCAGAACUUCAGUGGUCAAGUCCAACCUUGAAGUGUGGAUGUAUGAUACUCUUCCACUGCCUCCAUUUCGGUCGCUGACCGCCAUAGAUAUAGACGUCAACAAAUCACAUAUUUACUUCUCCGACACUGUUCUCAAGAAAAUAUUUAGAACAGACAUCAAUGGAACAAAUCUGACAGAGAUUGUAGCCACUGGCAUUGAUGUUGUUGAGGACAUAGCUGUGGAUUGGAUUGGUCAGAACCUGUACUGGACAGACUAUGGCAUGGAGACCAUUGAGGUGGUCAACUUGUCUGGGGAGAAUCGCAUGGUUUUAUUUAGCGAGAACAUUACAAACCCAAGGGCUAUUGAGGUUGAUCCUCGUGAUGGGGUGCGAUACCUGUUCUGGUCAGACUGGGGUCAGAAUCCACGCAUUGAGCGAUCAGGCCUGGAUGGCACCAAUCGUAUUACUCUAGUUUCUGAGAAACUGUUUUGGCCCAAUGCUCUGACCAUUGACUAUCCCAACAAGAGGCUGUACUUUGCAGAUGCCAGGAUGGACUUCAUUGAGUUUUGUAACUAUGAUGGGUCUGGGAGGCACCAAGUGUUUGCUAAUGAUCAUUUCCUGCGACAUCCCCACUCCCUCACCAUCUACGAGGACUGGUUAUAUUGGACGGACAGAGCUGCUAGUAGAGUAUCCAUGUGUAACAAGUUCAACUGUUCUGACCGGUCAGUCCUUGCUUCAAGUAUAGCCAGACCCCUGGGCAUUGCUGUUUACAAUAUCAUCAAACAGCCAACAGGCACUAACCCAUGCCAGGAAGCUCAGUGCAGCCACCUAUGUCUGCUGUCUCCUAGACCAACUGGCUACAGUUGUGCAUGUCCCAUUGGGAUGACUUUGGAUGGCACAGCUCACAACUGUGUUAAAGAUUCUUCAGAAAUCCUUCUGUUCAUGCAGUCACGCUUCAUUGCUGGAAUCAAAUUAGGCAGCACAAAUGUGACAGGCAUUAUUCCUGUCAGUUCCAUCAGUAAUGGCCAGGAUUUUGAUUUUGAUAGUAGGGAUGGCUUCAUUUACUAUGUCGAGAAAAUUAAUGGUAGUUUAAAGAGGAUACAAGUCAAUGGACGUAACACCUCUGAGUUUGUUCCUACAGCAGUCAUUGGCAGCCCAAAUGCAAUCGCUAUUGACUGGAUGUCCAGGAACUUGUACUGGGCCAAUGCUGCAGCCAGUCUUUUGGAGGUGAUGAGACUUGAUGGCCCUGUCCAUUAUCGUAGAGUAUUGCACAGCAACCAAGGCAGAAAUCGAGAUGUUGCUAAUCCCCUAUCACUAUGUGUGGACCCUGGCAAGGGGUUGUUGUACUGGGGAGAUGGUGGAGUGCCAGGAGUUCCAGCCAAGAUUGGGGUAAUGGAUAUGGAUGGUUCAAAUCCUAGAGUCUUGCUGUCAGUAGGCAUCCGAAACCCAGCCUAUUUGACACUAGACACACAGUCACAGAGUCUGUACUUUACCGAUACUUUUCAUAGAAAGGGAGUUGUCUUCCAUGGUAACAGACUCUAUUAUUAUGAUGCCGUCUAUGAGACCAUCAACCGAGCCCCAUACCCGUUCAUUAGGACAGCGGCCGUGCUGCGAAGUAAUAUCAAGGACGUGGGGGCAUUGAAAGUUUACUAUGACAGACAUGAAUCUGGUGGUACAAAUGCUUGUUCUACCAACAAUGGAGGUUGUGAGCAUUUGUGUCUGCCGAAGAGUUCAGGCCAUACUUGUGCUUGCAGCAUUGGAUAUGAGCAGAAAGAUGAUGGUAGCUGCAAAAAUAAGAGUUCUUUUGUGGUGGUCUCCAUGUACAGUGUUAUCCGAGGAUUUGGUUUUACCCGUACGGAUGUGGAUGAAACUAUGAUACCUGUAGCUGGUACAGGACAAGCCAAAGUGGCAGUUGAUGUCUACAUGGCAGCCAACUACAUCUACUGGGUUGAUACUAGGCAAGGCACUCAAGGCUCAAAGCUGGAAGGUGGUAUCCACAGGAUCAAACCAGAUGGGACUGGUCUACAGGACAUUGUGACCUCAGGGAUAGGAUCCCACAAUAUACAAGGACUUGCAGUUGAUUGGAUUGCAGGUAAUGUCUACUUUACCAACACCUUUGAUGUGGAGGUGUUCAUUGAGGUAAUGAGACUUGAUGGAGCCUACCGGAAGGUUCUUCUCAGAGAAUCACAAGGCCAGCCUCGAGCUGUUGCUGUUAACCCAAUUAAGAGAUAUCUUUACUGGGCAGAUAUGGGUCAGACAGCUAAAAUUGAGAGGUCCCUGCUGGAUGGGUCCAACAGAACAGUAAUAGUGAAUACCAGCAUAAGCCUGCCCCGGGACAUCACAGUGGAUAUUGAAACCCAUGAAAUCUACUGGGUGGAUGCCAUCAUUGAUGCCAUCCAGAGUGUAUCCUUCAAUGGAGAGAAUCGACGUUACAUCCAGACGAAUAUACCAAAUCCUUUUGGUAUUGCUGUGUUCAAAUCCUAUGUAUACUGGAUAGACAGAAAUCUUCAGCGUCUUUACCGAGCUCUGAAAUCCUCUCAGCUAACUGCACCUCAGACAUUGAAGAGCAACCUAGAGAUGUUGAGUGACAUAGUCAUCUUUGACCAGUCCGUGCAGCCUCUGGCACCUGGCUACAUCCAUGACCUGUCAUCAGUGGAAGGAAUUGCCUUCGACUGGGUCGGCAAGAAGCUCUACUGGGCGGACCUGGCCAGAAAUCGAAUCUGCAGCAUCAAUGUUAACCUGACCAACAAAGUGGUUAUUGCUGUUGUUCAGAGUCCUAGAGCUCUGGCCAUUGAUCCCUGCAAGGGCUACAUCUACUGGUCUGACUGGGGUCGAGUACCUAAGAUUGAACGGGCCACCAUGGCUGGGAAUCAGAGACAGGCAAUUGUGUCCACUGACUUAGGCUGGCCUAAUGGGUUGACUGUGGACUAUGAUGAUGAGAAAAUUUACUGGGCCGAUGCUCAGAGGGGUCGCAUUGAGAGAGCCAAUCUGGAUGGCAACUACCGUGAGGUCAUCGUCAGGUCAACAGUCCAUCCAUUUUCCCUGACUGUUUUUGGCUUCUACAUCUACUGGACAGACUGGACACUGAGAGGCAUAUACAGGGCUGAGAAACACACAGGGGCUAACAUGAAGAUGUUAGUUCAAGGAUUGUCCUCUCGUCCAAUGGGCAUCAUUGUGUACUCCAAGGAUAAACAAAAAUGCAGCAACAACCCUUGCGGUGUUUUUAAUGGAGGCUGCAGUCACAGCUGUCAUCCUGGUCCUGACGGCCAAGUCGAGUGUGCUUGUCCUGAGGGCAGUGGCCUGGAAAUCAGAAACAGUGGAAAGGUGUGUGUUCCGAGUAACAGUACAUGUCCAUCUGAUCAGUUUGUGUGCAGCAAUGGCCGAUGCCUCAGAGAGAGGUGGGUCUGUGACCUUGACAAUGACUGUGGGGAUGGUUCUGAUGAAAAUUCUAAUUUAUGUGCCCUUCACACCUGUGACCCCAAGUACUUCAGCUGCCAAAAUGGCCGAUGUAUACCUUUGAGGUACCGCUGUGACUUUGAUAAUGAUUGCCGUGAUAAUUCGGAUGAACAAGGCUGCAAUUACCCAGCCUGUGGCCCUGAACAGUUUACCUGCAGCAACUUCAGAUGUAUUGAUGCUGCUCAGAAGUGUAAUGGCAUUGAUAAUUGUAGAGAUGGGAACAGAACUGAUGAACUCAACUGCCCCCCCCGAACCUGUCCCCCCAACCAAGUAAAAUGCCCAACUACCAACAUCUGCAUCAUCCGCCGCUACAUGUGUGAUGGGGAUAAUGACUGUGGAGACAACAGCGACGAAAAUCCUUUCUUCUGCAACUUGGUCUCCUGUGCUCCAGGUGACUUCCAGUGUUCUCAGAGUCACAAAUGUAUACCUGGAUCUUGGCAGUGUGAUGGUGAUGAUGACUGCGGCUUUGGAGAAGAUGAGUCAGCAACUAUUUCAUCUUUUAAUCGCACGUGCCAGUCUGACCAGUUUUCCUGUGACAAUGGCCGCUGCAUUUCUCAGAGAUGGGUGUGUGAUACAGAGGAUGACUGUGGUGACAACUCAGAUGAAGCUAUAGACAGAAACUGCAAUGAGCGCACUUGUCCACCUGACACAUUCACUUGUGAGUCCAAUAAACAACACAUGUGUGAUGGAGUCAGGAACUGUCGCAGUGGAGAAGAUGAGAUGCAGACCUGUCCCCCUAGAACAUGCAUGACUAACCAAUUCCAGUGUACCAAUGGAAUCUGUAUUUCUGCAAGAUUUAAGUGUGAUCAUGACAAUGACUGUGGAGAUUUCUCAGAUGAGCCAAAUGACUGCCAUUACAGAACCUGCAGUCCUGACCAAAUCACAUGUGACAACCAGCGCUGUGUCCCCAAGACCUGGGUUUGUGACGGAGACAAUGAUUGUGGAGAUGGUUCUGAUGAGAAAGAAUCCUUGUGUUUAACCCCAGAACCAACAUGCCCUGGCAACCAGUUCCGAUGUGAGAAUGGACAGUGCAUCCGCUAUGAGUUUGUCUGUAACAAAAAUCCAGAUUGUACAGAUGAAUCUGAUGAGAGACACUGCAAUAUUAAUGAAUGCCAAAGUGUAAGAAUCAACCAGUGCCAGCACACCUGCAUUGACACAUUGACAAGUUUCAGAUGUGAGUGCAAUGAGGGAUUUCAACUGAUGACUGACCGACGAGCUUGCAGAG